AUGACUGCUCUUGCAGAUGGGGCCAUCCUGGCUUGCAGGUUGCCAGGGACCGGGCUUCACUGGGCUCUUUGGCCUUGCAGGGAGGUUGCGCUUAUUCGGAGCCCUGCCGAUUCCAAGUCACGGCCGUUGAUCUCCAUGUGUGCUUGCGUUAUUUGCAGCCGCAAGCUGAAGUCAGCAAGCCGUAUGGUUGUUCCUUGCAACGUGCGCCGGAAUUUGCGAGCCCGCAGAAUCACAGCGCUGGGGCCACGUUGGCUCGUUAGCAACUUGGUUGAGCUUUUGCCCAUGUGGGUGCAGCUCGAGUGUCAGUAUAGAUCCAUUUCCCAGUAA